UGUGUUGAGAUCAAGUAUCUGUUUGUUUUACUUUGCGCGUUAAGACAAUAUUAGCAAUGUCCGUAAGUUACGCGUGAUUGUAAAUGAUAAUAAUAAAAAUAUCACCAAUAAUAACUUUUUCAUUAGGUCGUGAAAAGUGAUCCUUUUAUGAAUGGCUCGAAUUCAGUUUAACGUUAAUAAAAAUGUGAAAAUUAAUAUUAAUAUGCUGUAAAACUAUUGAGCGCAGGCAAACUGCUGAUGCAAACUAGUGUUCUAUCAUUGAGUGGAAAUGGCGUGGCUGUUCUGCAGCUACCCGAUAAUGCGCCUCAUCGCUGAAAUGCCAGCGCAGCAGGGCCCUUAGCCUGUGCUUUUCUGAAUUAUCUUUUUGUGCCUUUUUUGUGUGUGAUUACACGGACUGUGUAACAUUUUGAGUUAAUAAAUACUCGCAAACGUUCCGUUUGUUUUUCUACUGUUAAGAAAAUAAGAUGAGAAUUAUUAUGCCUGGUCAUAUUUGAGCAUUGUUGGCUGAGCGUUCUCGCUGCAUCAUGUCUUCAGCUAGAACGAUGAUCAACUAUCGGAUUCAGCUUACCAUCUAUUUUCUAUUGCAACUAUUUUUCUUAACUUCUGUCGUAAGAGCUCAAUUACGGUCACCUAGAAUCACAGAACAUCCUUCAGAUAUAACGGUGGCGAAACACGAGCCAGUAACGUUGAAUUGCAAAGCUGAAGGUAAACCUCGUCCAGAAAUUCAAUGGUACAAGGAUGGAGAAUUGGUUCAGACUUCACCUGCAGAUUCUCACCGAGUUUUAUUGCCCACGGGAUCACUUUUUUUCCUGAGAGUGAUCCACGGUAAAAAAGAGCAAGAUGGUGGAACUUAUUGGUGUGUAGCUAAGAAUCAAGCUGGACAAGCUGUCAGUCACAAUGCAACACUUACUGUAGCUGUACUUCGAGAUGAGUUUCGAGUGGAACCACAAAAUACGCGAGUAGCAACGGGAGAGACGGCACUUCUGGAGUGUGGUCCACCAAGAGGACAUCCAGAACCAGUUUUGCAGUGGAAAAAAAAUGGACACGUCAUCGAUUUAGAGAGUAACAAACGAAUAUCAUUAGUCGAUGGAGGAAACUUAAUGAUAACAGAUAUAAAGCAGUCCGAUCAUGGGAAAUAUCAAUGUAUUGCUUCAAAUGUUGCCGGAACACGAGAAUCCGCGAUUGCUCAGCUCACAGUUAAUGUAAAACCUUAUUUCGUAAAAACACCGAUAAAUCAAACGGUUUUGUUGGACCAGACAGUAGAGUUUGCAUGUCAAGUUAAUGGUGAUCCAAUGCCAGAGAUAUUAUGGCGGCGACACGAUGGAAAAAUGCCUAUCGGUCGCGGACACAUUCUUGAUGACAAAAGUCUCAGAAUUGAACAUGUUACAUCUACAGAUCAAGGAACUUACAUCUGUGAAGCUGAAAAUAGCGUUAGCACUAUUUCAGCAAGUGCUACGCUUACUAUUCAUUCUCGACCAGUAUUUACUAAUUUUCCUAAAGAUGAGUCUGUGAGCGUAAAUUCAAAUGUAACAUUCGCUUGCUCGGCUAAGGGUGCACCGGCCCCUUCAAUUUUUUGGACGCGCGAAGGAUCGCAAGAGUUGAUGUUUCCUGGUCACUCCUAUCAAGGACGAUACUUUGUAAGUGACGACGGUAGUUUACACAUCAAGCAGAUAGAACGCAAAGACGAAGGCCAUUACGUGUGCAGUGCCAUAAGCCAAGUUGGCGCAACGACUGCUACAGUAUACCUUGCCGUGAUAUCGAUCGAAGAAGUGCCUCCACCGAUUAUUGAAUUUGGACCAUCAAACCUUUCUUUGCCACUUAAUACUUCUGCAUUAUUAAACUGCCGUGCGGUGGGCACCCCAACGCCUAAAAUAAAUUGGCUCAAAGAUGAUCAGAUAGUACAGAUUGGUGAACGGAUAACAGCGAUCAGUAAUGGGAGUCUUUUAUUGGAUAAGUUGCAAGCUUCUGAUGCUGGCAAGUACACGUGUAUUGCUUCUUCAACGUCGGGCAACUCGUCGUGGUCUGCGUUUCUCAAAAUAGGAAAUGAAGAGGAUGGAAAUCAAUCAUUUGAUCUCUUGAAGCUUCCCCAGCAUCCUAGCAAGCCACGAAUUGUCAAUACGACAAGUAACUGCAUAACUAUCACGUGGAGUCCUGGUUUUGGAGGAGGCAGCGCAAUCACUGGUUACCAAAUUGAGUACUCCAGUAGCACUGAUAAAACAGGGUGGAUAAUCGCCGCUAGCAAAGUCACCAAAGACACUUAUACGAUAUGUGACUUGAAGCCGAAUGCUAAUUACGUGUUCCUGGUACGGGCCCAGAAUAUUCACGGUUUGUCAUUGCCAGGUCCACUAUCGGAUACGGGCCACACAAUGGGCCUCGGAGAACAGGCAGUUCCACAAACUGAACUUAUUCGAGCUCGUGACCGACUCAAUAAUGAAAUUUUGCAGCUCCGAGAAGUCAGUCCGAUCAGUAGUACAAGCGUCAGAAUCGUAUGGGAUAUUCUUGGAGCUCCAGAUCUCGUGGACGGCCUUUACAUCCGUUAUCGCGAGAUAUCAGAUAAGCCACCCGAAUAUCAGAUGGUCACCGUCAUGAACGCCGGUGCAACCAGCUAUAUGUUAACCGACUUGUCAAAGUACACUCUUUAUGAAUUUUUUCUUGUGCCAUUCUACAAAACUAUCGAAGGUCGACCCAGCAAUGUCAAGCUUGCUAUGACUUUAGAAGAUGUGCCGUCGAGCCCACCACAGAAUGUUCACGUGGGUUUGAUAAACUCAACUUCAGCAUUCGUACGCUGGUCGGCGCCACCAAAAAAUAGCCACAAUGGCCAAUUAAUUGGUUACAAGAUACAAAUUAAGGGCAACAGCAGCAGUAAAAUCCUCGGUCAAAUGACUCUUAACGCUUCAACGACCUCAGUUAUAAUCAACAGUUUGGUGAACGGGGGUUCAUAUACAGCACGAGUAGCUGGCAUGACGCAUGCAGGUGUCGGUCCUUUUUCUGCGCCAGCUCUGCUUAGAAUGGAUUUAGGUCUGCUUAAUGGUAAUAAAUCAAUGCGUGAAAAUUCCGACGGAGAAACUGACAGCAGUAACUACCAAUCGUCUUUUGUCAAGGAACCGUGGUUCCUUACAUCGAUCACUCUACUUGUAAUUGGCGCAGUAGGUGCUUUACUCGGGGUGUUUUACAUUCGUCGCCGACAUAAACAUGGUAAACAAUUAGGCCACCUCAGCGUUCCUGUGCAUACGUCAAGUGAUAUUUGCCAAUUGAAUAAAGACGCUUUGUGGCUUGAACGAGGUUGGCGACCAAAUAACGGACUCACGAGUGGUUACUCCGAUGCUAUAAAUCCUGGCACCGAUAAAGACUGUGAAACGAAACUUUUAAAUAAUCAUGGAACGAUCAAUGCCGUACCUGGCUUGGUGGUCAUGUCAAACUCUGAAUAUGCCGAAGUCAAUAUGUCAACGUUUUACAACACCCGCAAGUCAUCAGCGCCACCAGAACCCUACGCUACGACAACACUUUGCAUGGCCAAUCGUAGUCCAGACUCGCGUGAAACAAGCGCUGGAAAACGCUCGAAUUCCAGCGACUCUUGUCUCAAACCUAAUUAUUCGAGCUUGGAGUCGCAGCAAACUUCUGGACAGUUAGGAAAUAAGUCGAAUGUUUCACCUUGCAGUGAUAAUACCAGCAGUAUACACGCCGAUGAAUUGGUAGAGCAUAGUUUGCAGCAAGCUUCGUCUUCGCGUUGCAAAAAAAUUAACCAAAAUCACCAAUCGCAGACUCUACCGAACUGGUGCGACAUGCUUCCGCCGCCUCCAGAGCACCCACCACCACCUGCCAACAACGGCAGCCUCUCGGUGCAAAUGCAUCCCUUAUCGAUUGGCCACAGUCCCAAUGUAAACAAGCGCAGCUUACUAGACUGUCAGCAGCUCAACAGCUGCAGCGAGUCCAAUAGUCCAUCGACGCCAUCCGCGCGGCAAGCCUCCAAAGGUUUUUCGUGUUCUCAAUCGCUAACUCCGUGGACCGCUGAGCCAAAUUAUGCCAGCUUGCCUCUCAACGCUGAUUCGCCUCCUGCACCAUCUUUUUCUCAAAAUGUUGAUCACUACGAGAUUUAUCAAGAGAAUGAAUACGAAAGUGGCUCGCUCAUUUAUGGACACCGUAACGAUUUAGAAAACUUUCCAAUGGCUACCUGUAAUCCAGUUCAAGACCCGGCACUUAUGUAUCGAAGUAAUAGAUUACCGACUUAUCAACCGCGGCAGACGGCUUCCCGACACGAAAACGAAGAAUGGGACCGUAAAUCUUGCGAUUCGAACGAGCACUCGGAUAUUUGCUGUUCGUGUAGCGAGUCCAGUUAUCUAUACGCCGACACUUUUGAUUGCAGCAAUCAGUUCAACUCCAACGUGUCGCAUCAUUCGAGUCUCGGACCAAAAUGCAACAAUCGAAACGUCUCGUCAGUUUUUCGUCCAAGCAACACAAGUAGUCCCCGCCGUCAGAAUCGAUCCUCCUCUCCAGCUUACAGUACUGAUAGUAAUUAUUCUUGCAUACCCGAACGAAAGUCAGUUUCUUCUUCCCAUUCUCAAGAUCGACGGAAACAAAACUCCACUAAAGGUUGAUAAAGACGAAUAUUUCUAACAUUGAACAUUACUCAAGACUUGGUUUUACAUUAGAUGAACUGCCCGAAUUCAUGCGUUCUGAUCAUUAUACCUUGCACAACUCAUCAAAUUCUAUCGAUAACUCGAGCAGUCAGCGAUAUGGCAGACAGAAUAAUCACUUCGCAAGUGGUAGCAAAUGCUCUGAAUCGUUUCGGCUUGAUGAACGUGGAUCCUGUUAAGCUAUGAUCUGGUUUUCAAGAUUUUAUUAUUCGAUCCGAGUCACACUACUAUCGACAACGAAAGUAAUAGUUUUGGCCCUGCGGAUACAAUGUGAUUGUCACUUGCACCAGAGGAUGAAAAACGAAUGACUCGGGUUACAUAUUUAUUAACUUCGCGGGUUCCUAACGAUCGAUAAUUUACAAAUAAUGUUGGUCACUUUUCUUUUUCUUCCCUAAUCUCGUAACCUGCUGUUCUCAUUGUUUAUCAACAACCCUACAUGCAUGUGUCUUUUUUUCAUUUUUUUUCUUCGUGGGAUAUUUAAACUUUGAAUUCGGGCCUUAUUUGAAAUAACAACUCGAUGAAUUAGCGAAUUUCGCUCAAUCAAUUUGAAAAAUGAACUUGAAUACCUUUUAUUAAAAUGUUCCUAAAAAAUGUGACUGAAAUAUUAAUUUAGUUGGAAAAAAUUUUCCACAGAAAUGUUGAAUUAAUUCAACAUGCAAAACCGUUGAAGUUAUGUAUAUGUUGUUAAAUAUGUAAAAGCCGAUAAAUAGAAAGGUCAAAUUCAUAUCGUAAGAAACAUAAACUUUGUAUAAUUGUACAUACAGUUAGUACAAAAAACAUAGUCAUUAGUGUUAAAUUCACAUGAUGAAAAACAUAAUCUAGUUUACACUGAUCAUGAUAGACUAUUAAGUAAUAAAUCACCUAUUUAUUGCAUGAAGCAGAAUGGUUGUAGAUCAUGCAAUAGAAUAUUGUCAUAUUAUUGUAAAAUAGACAGCGUCGCAUUAUUAAUAUCUUGUAAAUCUCUAUGUUUAUUCAAAAACGCUUAAUCCGAACAUGGUCGUAUAUAUCAUGAAGAGAAAAACUCUUUGAGAGUAAUUUUAUAUGAAUUGAUUUAGAAAUUAACAUUUUCUACAGCCUAACAUCAUAUUAUGUUUUUGGCUGUAAAUCUAUGAAAUUUUUAGUUAAAUCAAUCGACCUAAGCAUGUUUAUAAAUAGCUCGUCACACAAAGCCUCUCAGCCUCGUACUAUGGCAACUGAAUAAGAUAAUAUUAAGAUAGUAAUCAUUUUUCUAGAUGCAGGAAUAAUCGAAAUCAAUUUGAAAAUUGGCUAAUAUAAAAUGUAAAUAACUAUUCUAGUCCAAAUUAAUAUCAAGAGUUUUUUUAUCAUGUGUAAUCUAGACAAUAUAAUAUAUUAUACAUUUUUAUAUGAAUAAAAUCAUACAUUAUUUUAGUAGUCGUGAUAAGUUUUUUUUUAUUGUACAGCAUGAAUUAUAUAUUACAUGAAGAACGUCGUUAUUUUUUCAAACGUAUCGACCGUUGCCUUUAUUGCUUGAAUAAUGUUUUGUAUUAAAAAAUUGAAGCAUCAGAUAAUGACUGACACAUCUUAAAAAUAAUUUUGGAAAAUGUCACUACUAAAAUUUAUCAACGAUUUCCAAAACGUUAUGUUUCUCGGCAUUAUUUUUUUGGUUCAUAAUCUAAUCCUCAUAAAAAAUUGUAAAAAAAUCACCGUGCAGAACGACUAGUCGA